GUGGCGGACGGCUGAAUUUCGCGUCACACGGGCUUUCGCGAACAUACUGUACACUCACGGUGACUCCACGUACGUGAUCUAGUGAUCCUUGGGGAGGACUAAAGUGCAAGGCAGGAUUCUGCUGACAUUUUCGACUUUUUUUUGGUUUUUUUGAGGAUAUUGCUUGAGGAAGCGCCAUGUUGGCGUGGACUCGAUUGGCAGAGCCAGGACCGGCCUUAUUAUUUUUUGUCCUAGUAUUUGCUCCACAAUUCGCAUCCUCAGCUCCUUUAGAAAACGAAAAUGAACAAAGUACUGAUAUCGAGUAUUACCCAGUCGCUGAUGCAACUGGCUGUUACUAUAAUUUCGAGCACUACGACGAAGGCGAUAGGAUAAUAACGAACGAGCCAUGUUUAAACUGCACUUGCCACAACAGGAUGCUAAUGUGCUACCUUAGGGUGUGUCCUUUCACGAAAGCCAUCGGACAAGACUGUAAAGUAGAAAAGAAACCCGACCAAUGCUGUCCAACUAUUACCUGCCCCGAAGUUCCUGUCCAGCUGGUCCCCCAUGCCUCAACGACACCAUCUACAGCGAUAGGUCACCUCAACGAAUACGGUUGCUCAAUAGAUAACCUCUUCUACGCUGACGGUGCCAAAGUGCCAUCAAACCCCAACAACCCUUGCGAGGUUUGCUACUGUAUUAGAAACAAGACUGCCUGUAUCAUACAAGAAUGUACCUUAACUGGAAAAUUGGUCGAAGGCUGCAAACCUGUGUAUCUCGAAGGAGUUUGCUGUCCAUUGCGAUAUGAUUGCGAUCAUCCAGAAUAUCCCCAGAUCGAAACAACUGCCAGACCUCUUCUUACUACAACUACUACAGAAGUACCGACAACCACCCUCAUUCCUACAACCACGGCAAUUCCAACACACUGCACAUACAACAAUGAAAAAUAUCUCGAUGGUGCUUUGGUCAAGAAGGACGUACCAUGCGAAAAAUGUUACUGUAUGAGAGGUGACAUUGUCUGUGCCGUUCAAGAAUGUGGACCAACUCCUUUGGAUAAAGUCAAUUGUACAGCUCUUCCACGAAAAGAAGGCCACUGCUGUCCCGAUACUUACGACUGCAAUAUGGUUUCAGAAGAAGAUCUAACGACUAUAUCUUCCUAUGAGGCUCCUACAACACAACCUACUAUUGUAACACCAGAAUCACAAACAAGUAAGCCGGAAGAAGUCGUUACUCCCGAACUUAAGGAUAGAGGAGAAUUCAGUACAGAUGCUGCAGAAACCAAACCAGAAACUACCACCGAAAGAUUAACCUCUAUAGUGACAGAGGUAGUAACUGAAAUUUCACAAACAAUAUCCUCUAUAGUAUUCGGUACUACUGAAGAACCAAAGAAAACAGAUAAAUCAGAGGAACCUCUCACAGAAAGUUCGCCAGAACCUACAAAACAACCGGAAAUUCCUGAAACCCCAACUGAAAAGACACAAGAAGUUACUGAAGUCCCAAUAGAGAAGGUAACAGAACCUGCUCAACAUGAAACAAUUGCUCAUGACGAAACUGAAGAACCAGAAGAACCAGAAGACCAUCAGACUUCGACCGUUGCCAGUAAAGAGUCAUCUACAGCGUUACCCUCAGGCUUUGAAGACGAACGUACAAGACCAAUAGACAAAGAAGGAGAAACCAGACAACCAACUGUACAAGAACCAUCCAAAGAAGGCGAAGAAAGCACUACCAAGUUACCUAAAGACACUACUGAAAGUGAAACAGAUAAAAGCACUUACGCUGACAUAACUCCACAAGAAACAACUGUUGUUAAAGAAGAGGUAACAACGCAACGAGUAGCCAUUUCUGAAGGAGCAACUAUCUCAAAAACUGCUGAAACUACCAAACUUCCUGAAGAAGCACCAGUAACGACAGAAAAGGCCAAAGAAACAGAAUUGCCUAAAUCUGAAACGACUGAAGGACCUAAAGAGUCUCAAGAGCCUACUGAUGUCACUAGUGAGCAACCUAUCGGAACAGAAGGUACAAAAGAUACUCCCGCUCCCGCAGAUAUUCCUAGUGAAUCAUCCAAACCAGAAGAGUCCCAAACAGAGACAUCAAAAUCAGAUGUUACAAGUGAACCAGAAACUCAUAAAGCCACUGACGCUAUUAAAUUAGAUACAACAACAGAAUCACGUCCAACAGGACAACCAGGAGUUACUAGACUAGAACCAAUAGAAACACAAUCUCCCGAGAGAGAACCUACGACUGAAGAAACCCAUGAAGCGACUGAAGAAUAUCAAGAAACUACUGAGAAGGUUCAAGAAUCAACGCAGAAGGCACAAGACUUAACCGAAAAUACUCAAGCAUCAUCUGAAAAAUCUCAAGAAACACAAUCUCCUAGAGAUGUUACUACGGAACCCAUCACAUCUGUAACACAAUCUGAAGUAGCAGAUGAAACAAGCGAAGAACCCAAAGACACACAGCCGUCACACUCUACAGAAGAACCAAAUAAGCCUACAGAGGAGAAGGCACCUACUGAAUCAGGUAUCACUACUGAAUUGCCUAAAGGAACACCAGCAGAUAAUAAAGAUGUAACUAGUGAACAAACGGAAACAAAAUCUCAAUCAACCGAAACGCAACCAUCCAAACCUGAUGCUACUACUGAAACAUCUUUAGAGACUCAAACUAUUACUGAAAAAGUUGAACCAGUAGAAACAUUGCCUUCAAAGACAAAGGCAACAACAGAACGAAUUCAAGAAUCAGAAGCUACUAAAGCCUCACCGAGUGAAGUAUCUGACGAAACUGAACCCACUAAGGCACCAUCUGUAGAAGGCUCUCAAGAAACAGACCAUCCUACAGAAUUGACUACACAAAAGUCAGAAGAAACUGAAGCUCCCAAGGUAUCUUCUACAGAAGAACCUGAAGGAACAGAACAAUCUAAAGCCCCAUCUACAGACAGAAGUCAAGAAACAGAAUCGCCGAAUGAACAACCUAUCGAAACACAACCUCCUAAGAGUCUACCUACAGAAGAACCUACUAAGGCAGAAUCAGACGAGCCUACAAAAGAAUCAUCCACAGAAGGCGCUAAGGAAACGGAACCUUCGAAGGUUACAACUACGGAAGGUCCUAAAGAAACUAAACCAGUAACUGAAACACCUACCACGAAAGCUGCCGAAUUGACAACAGUAGAAGAAAUGGAGAUAGUCACAAGUGCACCAUUAAACGAAACUGAAAAACCACUUUCAAUGGAUCACAAAUCUGAAACAAUAGUGCCAACUAAAGCACAACCCCCAGAAACCACAAAGUCAGCAGAAACGGCGACAGAAGCUCCGGCUGUACAAACAACUGAACCUCCAAAGGCGGAGGUCCCACCAACACAAGAAACGGUGAAGGAAUCUAAUGAAAUACCGGAGGCUGUAUGCACUAAAGAAACAUGUGGCACACAAGACCAAGCUCCUUCAAGCACGGAAAAACCAACGCCAGUUGAAAAAGACCAUACUGAGUCUAACCAAAUACCUGAGGGUCCAUUGAAAGAAACUACUGAAGGAGAAACGCAGAAGCCUUUAGAUAUUACUGACAAAACACCGGCCGUAUCAGAAACUGAAGGUCCAGCCGUUGGUACCACAACAGAAGCUGAACUUCUAACAACAAAACCGCAAGAUAAGCAAACUGUACCAUCGGAAAGUACAGCUCAUGAAUCUACAACUCACAAAGACAUUUCAGAAAGUUCGACAGAAGUUAAGUUGCCAGAGGUUACAACAGAAAGUCAAGCAGAAACCACAUCACAUGAUAUUAGAGAGAAUGAAAUAAUUCCUUCGGUAACGACUGAUAAACAACCACAAGAGACAGAAUCUACCGAAAGCCAAACUGCCAAAUCAGAAACUACUCAGGAACCGAUUGGAGAAACUAAACAGCCUGAGCCUGUUACCACUUUGAACGAAAUAACCACACAAUCAGCACCUGCUGUACACUCAGAACAAACAAAAUCAGCAGAAGCAACUACAGAUUCUACAACAAGACCAGAAAGCUCCACUGAUGCAACUUCGGAGCCCAUAACUGUUAUUCCAUCGAAACCGUCUGAGACUGCAACUCAACACGAUGAAAGUCCAGAUGUUACUGCCACAGAACUUCCAGAAGAACCAGAAGUAACUACAAUUGAAGAAAGAGUGCAUGGUAUUCCUGGAGAAGGUAGCUGUCUGGUAGAAGGACGUACAUACAACAACAACUCCAAUGUGCCACCCUUUAAUCACUGCCAAGUUGCCUGUAAGUGUGUCAGCUCCAUCCUCAAAUGUUCCCAUGUGCCAUGUCCAGAUCCACCGAAGGAUGAUUGUGUUCCUGUAGUUCCAAGACCAGAAAAUAGCUGCUGUCCUGUAUACCAAUGCGAUAUGGAAUCAAGCAGUCAAGUUAUUGAGACAACUACACCCAGUCUAGAGGAAUCUGCAACUACAGCCGCUAAAUCUACUGGAUUGCCAGAGGACGAAACUAAAUCACCAGAAACAGUGACCACACUCAGUACUUCAGGUUCAGAAGACACAGAGAAAUCGACAACAGCAGCUUCUGUCACUAGUCAAGAUGAUGUAACUGAGAAUGAAAUUACAGAACCUGUUAUAAAAGUAGAAAGUUGUUCGGGAGAAGCAUGUGCACCAUCCCAACCAAGCGAGUCUACGUCAAUUCCUGAACAAGUAACGGAGGCACAAAAAGAAGGUGAAACCUGUACAGGAGAGGAAUGUGCUCCAUCAAAGACAGAUGAUUCGACUAAACCUGUUGAACAAACCACAGAGGAAGGAGAAAGUUGUACAGGAGAAGGAUGUACUCCAUCGAAAUCAGGCGAAUCUACACCACCAGUUGAGCAAGUAACUGAAACUCAAAAAGAAGGUGAGGGUUGUACCGGAGAAGAAUGUGCUCCACCUAAAUCUAGCGAGAUUACACCGCCCGUUGAACAAGUAACUGAAACACAAAAAACAGGAGAAAGCUGUACAGAAGAAGGAUGUGCACCAUCUAAAUCAGGCGAGGUUACACCAUCAGUUGAUGAAGUAACUGAAAGACAGCAUCAAGGAGAAGGUUGCACUGAAGAAGGUUGUACUCCAUCUAAAUCUAGUGAGACUGUACCACCAGUAGAACAGGUAACUGAAACACAAAAAGAAGGAGAAAGUUGUACAGAAGAAGGAUGCGUUCCAUCUAAAUCUGGCGAGACUGUACCACCAGUUGAACAAGUGACUGAAACACAAACAGAAGGAGAAAGUUGCACAGAUGAAGGCUGUGCACCAUCUAAAUCUGGUGAGACGGUACCACCAGUGGAACAAGUAACUGAAACACAAACAGAAGGAGAAACUUGCACAGAUGAAGGCUGUGCACCAUCUAAAUCUGGUGAGACGGUACCACCAGUGGAACAAGUAACUGAAACACAAAAAGAAGGAGAAAGUUGCACAGACGAAGGAUGUGAACCAUCUAAAUCUGGUGAGACUGUACCACCCGUGGAACAAGUUACUGAAACACAAAAAGAAGGAGAAAGUUGCACAGAAGAAGGAUGUGCACCAUCUAAAUCUGGUGAGACUGUACCACCCGUGGAACAGGUAACUGAAACAGAAAAAGAAGGAGAAAGUUGCACAGAAGAAGGAUGUGCACCAUCUAAAUCUGGUGAGACUGUACAACCUGUGGAACAGGUGACUGAAACACAAACAGAAGGAGAAAGUUGCACAGAAGAAGGAUGUGCACCAUCUAAAUCUGGUGCGACUGUACCACCCGUGGAACAGGUAACUGAAACACAAAAAGAAGGAGAAAGCUGUACAGGAGAAGGAUGCGUUCCAUCUAAAUCUACUGAGACUGUACCACCAGUUGAACAUGUGACUGAAACCCAAAAAGAAGGAGAAAGCUGUACAGGAGAAGGAUGCGUUCCAUCUAAAUCUAGUGAGACUGUACCACCAGUUGAACAGGUGACUGAAACCCAAAAAGGAGAAACUUGCACCGGAGAGGGAUGUGCUCCAUCUAAAUCUAGUGAACCUGUACCACCUGUAGAACAAUCAACAGAAGUACAAACUGAAGGGGAGACUACUACUGUAAAACAAACGCCCGAAACAUCAGAAUCAUCUACAAUAAAAUCCGAAGGACAACAUGAUGAUACAGAAGCACAAGAAACACCUACAGUACGUAUCCCGGUAGAUAAAGUACCAGAAGUAACUACAGAAAAAGCAACAGAGGUAACUACAGAAAUUAGAAUUACUCCCAGCACAGAAUCGGUUAAACCAGAAGAAACAACGACCAAAUCUGAAGAUAAUAAAACUGAAUCUGAUGUAGUCACUCCUCUAAUUGGUUCCACAGAAGAAUCGAUACCUAUUACAACAGACAAAAAUGUUGAAACGACAAGUAAAUCAACAGAAAUUACAGAUGCUCCUGUUACCACUAAGGUUGCACCAGAAGAAAGCUCUAAAGGUACAGUAGAACCAACUGAGGUGCUACCAACUGACAAACCUAAAGAACCUACAUCGUCAGAUACAACUACCUCUGAACAAUUACCUACUAAAGCUCCAGAAGAAACAUUAGUUACUGAUGAAAUUCCCAAGGAAACAGAAUCUUCGCAAAAACCUAAAGAGACGGAACCAUCAACUGAAAGUACUGUUAAAUUAACUGAAACUGAGGGACCUACAGUUUCUUCAAAUGAACCAUCUAAGGAGGUAACACCCACGUCAGAACAGGAAACUAAGAAAACAUCGACAGAACCUUCAACAGAUUACACAGUGACAGAAACAAUUGAAUCAGACCGUCCAUUGGACUCAGGAGCACAUAUUACUGAAACUACAUCUUCAACGUCUACUGAACAAAGUUCUAAACCGUCAGUAGAAACUGAAGCGCCAGUUACACAGAAAGACGAAGGUGAAGAAGGCACAACAAUUAACGCAGUUACACAAUCUCAGCCAAUAUCGGGAUCAACCGAAGGAAGCCCUACAGAAAAUGAACAAGAAGUAACAACAGACAAUGUAAAGGAACAAACGCAAUCAGAGACAAAAGCUGAAGUGACCACAAUAGGCAGUACCAAAGCAGAACCAGAAGCAGUGACCAAAGAACAAACAACAGUAACUAGUACGAAAUCUCAAGCAGAAAAUACGGAGGAGGCAACAACGAUAGGUUUGACUAAACUGGAAGGAGAUAAGAAGGAAGAACCAACGACAGUAGGUACUACAAAAUUGGAUGAAGAUAACAAAGAGCAACCUACGACGAUAGGUACUACAAAAUUGGAUGAAGAUAACAAAGAGCAACCUACGACGAUAGGUACUACAAAACUAGAAGAAGAUAAGAAAGAGGAAGGUACAACGAUAGGUACUACAAAACUACAGCACGAUAUUAAUGAAGAACCAACAACAGUAAGUAGUACUAAAGAAGAAUCAGAUGUAACAACAGGAGCUUCAGCACAAACUGAAAAAUCGGUUACUUUACCUACAAAAGAAUCUGAAACACAAGGAACAGAAAAAGCUGAGUCAACCACGAUAGCUGCUUCCAAACCGUCUGAGACGACACUUGGUCAGGAAACUACAGAACAGGCUGGCAUAACGGAAGCAACUAUCAAACCAACACAACCCCCCAGCGAUGAUUCUGUUACAGAAGUAAAAGCUUCGGAACCCGUUCAAACCACAUCCGUUGAACCAGAAACCGCAACAGAACAAAAGGUGCCAGUAACUGAAUCUUCAAGUCAGUCACCAGUUACAGAACAAAAAACAAAUGAACCUGAAGUUACUACACCUGAAUUACGUGUACCAGUAACCGAACAGUCAAGCCAACCAUCGAGUACAGAACAAAAGACACAAGAAUCUGAAGGUACAACACGACCAAUAGUUUCUGAAGAGCAGCCUAUAGAGGUGGAGCCUACAGUAGAGGGCAAGCCUGCUGAAGCAGAACAGACAACAACGGAAGGAAGAAUUGAAACAACUAGUAGAACAGUUACCGAACCAGAAAGUGCGCACAGUACUUCUAUCGAUGAAGAACCAAUUACAGUACAUAUUGACGACAGACUGAAACCAGAAGUAUCUAAUGCCUCUACAGAGAGACAACCAGUUCGUACAACGUCUCCUGUUGAUGUGAAACCGGAAACCGAAGCUCCACAAAUCUCGGAAAGUCCAAAGAAUGACACUUCAGAAUUAUUUACGUCUGGACCUCAUCAAGAGGGCACAACCAGAAUAUACCCUGUCGAUGGUGAGCUCUCUACGUCACAUCCACUGACUCCGCUUUCAACCGAACAUCCAACUACCCUGGAACCCGCACAUGCCCAUAUUCCUGGAGAACACGAACACGUACCUGACCUACCAGAUUAUCACUCUCCUGGAGAAGACUACGACGAUGAAGAACCAAGUCCCUUGGGUCCAGGAACCUGCCGAUAUGGUGGAAAAGUAUUCGUAUCAGCCCAACAAAUUCCCAGAGAUGAUCCUUGUGAUUUCUGCUUCUGCUUCAGAAGCGAUAUUAUCUGUCUGCAGCAGAGCUGUCCUCCUCCCAUCCCCAACUGCCACGAAGAACCAAUCAGAGGUUUCUGUUGUCCGAGAUACGAAUGCCCCGUUGCCAUGGCGACUGCUUUGAACUUUACGACGACGACCACCACGACGACGACGACGUUGCCGCCACAUUUCUUGGCGCACGCGUACCGAGGCAGAGCUACGAAAGUGGGAUGCCAAAUCAAGGGGCAGGCGUAUAAUGUAGGAGACUUCAUUAGAUCUGCUUCAGGGCCAUGCAUGCACUGCACAUGUGGUGGAGAUGGCCAAAUGCAAUGUGAUCCAAAACAAUGUAGUCCAGAACCAAUGUUAAGGCAAAUGAUCCAAGCAGUGUCGAAGAGGAGAAGAUGAGCUGCUAUCUUGUAACUAGUGACAAUGCCAGAGAACUGUGCAAAGUGAUACAGACAUUUAUAUACAAAUUGAUUGACGAACUAGUGUCGAAGAAGAACUUUUUUUACAAAAGAAUAAUAUAAAACAAGCAUUCUCGGGUGCCAAAAAUACAGACGUUAAUUAGGUAGCGUGCCUUUUUUUAUAAAAAGAAGAAAAUGUCUUUGCGUAAUGGUGCAAUAGAGUAAAAACAGGUAUUUGCGAGAAAACUGUGACCAAAGUCCUUAUUUAUUACUUCAGAACCACACAAUAGCUCAAUUUAUACAUUUAACCAUAACCUUAGUUUUUGUAAAUAUUAUCUUGGAUUGACAUAAUGCUCAAAGCAGACCAAAAAUUGCAUACAUUAUUUAUUCUGUAAUAUUUUGAACUUAAACAUUUUUCUCUAGGAGUUGCCUCUAUUUUCUUUUUUUUUUUUUUCGAGUUUCUAAUCUCACAUAACCUUUAUUUUUAAUAUAAACACAAAAUAAAUUUUCUAGAAAUAAAGAAACUGCCCCUAGGCUUAACUUUUUGGUAUUUCUAAAAUAUAACCUUUCUUCUUAAUAUAAGUACAAAAUACAAACAAAUAAACUGUUUCUAAGCUUAAUUUUUAGAGAUUCUAACCUCAUAUAACCUCUCUUUUAAUUGUAAGUUCAAUCCAAAGUAGAAAUGACUUCUGUAUCUGGAUUUAAUCCGAUUAAACAUAUAUAGACAUACCUGUUACCUGAACAAGUUAUUAACAUACAGAUAUAUCUUCUUUUUUGGACUGCUUGGUCACUAUUUUACAAAUAGACUGUUUUUACUUUACAUCACAGAUGUAUACUCGAUUAUGUAGAAUAUUUGUAGGUCAGUUUCCAGAAAACCUCUUGGAAAAGUGAAUGACUAUUGAUACUGUAUGUUAUUUAUAUUUAUUCGUUUAAAAAUACAUUCAAUAUACAGUGUAUGGAAAA